AGCAGCUUGUUUUGGGGUGUGUGGGGCAGAAGAAGAACUGGGGUGCUGUUAGGAAAUAUUUGGAGUGAUAGUAGACUUUUUUUUUUUAUCUUCUCUGACUAAAUUAGCUAAUGGUUUGGAUGCUGAGAGUGGGAGCAACUCUGCAAUGGAGAAAGUGAGAGAGACAUGGUGGCUGUGAGUGGGAUCUAGUGUUCAUGGUUGAAAAGAGCUUUCCACACAGGAGUGAGAAUCAAAGAACCUGUGUGUGACAUCAUCAUGAAUGAGAGAAGAAGGUAAUACAGUAUUGGAUGUGCCUGUUUGCUGCCACUGUUUAGAGAGAAAAUGGUGCAUUAUGGGGAAUCACUCAAAAGGAGUGAAUGAGAUGAACUGUUUGGGUUAUAGUAUCUGAAAGGCUAAAUUAUUCUCUUGGAGAGACGUUCUAAAUGAGCCUGACCGAGAUCCUGGAUCUGUGUGAAGAGGACUAAGGAUAUAGGAUGUCAACUGAGACAGAACUUCAAGUGGCUGUUAAAACCAGCACAAAGAAAGACUCCAAAAAGAAAGGUCAGGAUCGCAGUGAAGCCACUUUAAUAAAGAGGUUUAAAGGUGACGGUGUCCGAUACAAAGCAAAACUGAUUGGGAUAGAUGAGGUUUCUGCCGCACGAGGAGACAAGUUAUGCCAAGACUCCAUGAUGAAGCUCAAGGGAAUUGUUGCUGCGGCUCGUUCGAAAGGAGAACAUAAACAAAAAAUCUUCUUAACAGUCUCCUUUGGGGGAAUCAAAAUCUUCGAUGAAAAGACAGGGCUACUACAGCACCACCAUGCAGUUCAUGAAAUUUCAUACAUCGCAAAGGAUAUCACAGACCAUCGAGCGUUUGGAUAUGUAUGUGGAAAGGAGGGAAAUCAUAGAUUUGUGGCAAUAAAAACAGCCCAGGCAGCUGAACCUGUAAUUCUGGACUUGCGAGACCUGUUUCAGCUCAUCUAUGAACUGAAACAAAGGGAAGAAAUGGAAAAAAAGGCACAAAAGGACAAACAGUGUGAACAAGCGGUAUACCAGACAAUUUUGGAAGAAGAUGUAGAAGAUCCUGUAUACCAGUACAUUGUGUUUGAGGCUGGACACGAGCCAAUCCGUGAGCCUGAAACGGAAGAAAACAUUUAUCAGGUUCCUACCAGCCAAAAGAAGGAAGGUGUUUAUGAUGUGCCAAAAAGUCAACCUGUAAGUCUGCAGAAUGGAAACUUAUUGCUGGACAUUGAUGAAAAUCUUGUUUCAGUCACUCAGGCUGUUACCCAACUAGAGCUUUUUGGGGACAUGUCCACUCCUCCUGAUGUAACCUCUCCCCCAACUCCUGCUACUCCAGGUGAUGCCUUUAUCCCAUCUUCAUCCCAGUCACUUCCUGCUAGUACAGACAUGUUUGGUUCUGUACCUUUCAGCACUGCUGCCGUACCCUCAGGUUAUGUUGCCAUGGGAGCUGUUCUGCCCUCAUUCUGGGGACAGCAACCACUUGUUCAACAGCAGUUGGCUAUGGGUGCUCAGCCUCCAGUUGCUCAGGUGAUGCAGGGAGGACAACCGAUAGCAUGGGGCCAGCCCGGUAUUUUUCCUCCUACUCAGCAACCGUGGCCAUCUGUAGCUGGUCAGUUCCAACCAACUGCCUUCAUGCCAACACAAACUGUUUUGCCUUUACAAGCAGCCAUGUUUCAAGGUACCAUUGCUCCUAUCGCUACUGUUCCACCCACAAGUGAUUCCAACAGAUCGAGUCCACAGACAGACAGGCCCAGACAGAAAAUGGGAAAAGAAAUGUUUAAAGAUUUCCAGAUGGCUCAGCCUCCACCAGUGCCAUCAAGAAAACCAGAUCAGCCUUCCCUCAGUUGUACCUCAGAGGCCUUCUCAAGUUACUUUAACAAAGUUGGGAUGGCACAGGAAGCAGAUGAUUGUGAUGACUUUGACAUCUCUCAGUUAAAUUUGACUCCUGUGACUUCCACGACACCAUCUACAAAUUCACCUCCAACCCCCGCACCCAGACAGAGUUCUCCAUCAAAAUCAUCAGCAUCUCAUACCAGUGAUCCUGCUGCAGAUGACCUCUUUGAAGAGGGGUUUGAAAGCCCAAGCAAAAGUGAGGAGCAAGAGGCUCCUGAUGGGUCUCAGGCCUCAUCCAACAGUGAUCCAUUUGGUGAGCCAACUGGUGAUACUAUAAGUCCACAGGAAGCAGAACCUCUCUACGCCCAGAUCAACAGACCUAAGAAAUAGCAUUGUAACAGGCUUGUGGUGCUCCAAGACUCAAACGAAACCCAACAACCUGGCAGGCCUUUGGCUUUCAUGCUUUUUUCUGAUUGAUUUUGUCUGACGAGGAGAGAUGAUUGCCCUCCUGGACUGGCUCUACGAGUGUUCCUGACAUUUUUUUUGGCAACCAAUGGCAGAUUCCUAUGGCAGCACAAAACAAAAACUCUCCCUGCUUAUCAUACCACGAGUCCAGCCCUGUCCCCACAAGUCAUGGGUAUCCAGACUAGGAAUUCUUACUCCUCGGUCUUCUUUUAAACAUUUGUUGUCUUCGGUAUGCCACAUAUAAAUAAUAAGCAUCUGAAAUUUAUUGAGUAUUAAGACAUUCUUUUUCUUUUGAGCAAAAAGCAGAGUCUGUAUGUAGCAGUGGCAUUAUCAUUCAACAGCCUUUUGGGCACAAGUCAGCACUUUUUAUGUCAUGGUGACAUGUUUUUCAUCAUCAUUUACAUCAGGCUGAUCCUGACUUUUGGUUUUUUUUCCCUGUGUAGACAUAUUUAAACAACAACAACAACAAAAUACUGGCAGUGUCAUUUUUUUUUUUGUAUUUCUUAUUCUGUAGUUUUGUAUGAGUGACAGAUCUAACAGCAAAACGCCUCCUGCGGAAAUGAUUCCUAACUUGAAACCACAGAAUAAAACGCAGUUGUUUAUCCAUCCUGACUGAAAAUGUUGCCAAAUGGACCUUUAAGUUCUAGCGCAUCAUGAGGAAGAAAUGCUGCUUUCUGUUUGAAUACUCAUGUUGUGGGUAGAGAAAGGACAUCGAGUCCCACUGAGGAAAGACAAAAGAGUCAGUAUUUCCUAGGAAACUCUAAGCAAAGUGCAGAAAAGGAAUAUUUUUAUUUCUUCGGUAUCUUGCUGCUGUAAUGCUAUGCAGACAAGUGUUUUCUUCUCUGUGUGCCAUUUUUGACGAAAAAAAAAUCAUUUGCCAAAUAAUACUGGUGUGAUUCUGGUUUAGGAAUUUGGAUGAAGCGGACUUUACAAAUGGGACGAGGAUGGCAUGGAUUUUGGAAUAACAAACUGAGUCUGUGAUCAAAUUGUUCAUCUUUAUCACUUUUUGUACAUCAGAAAAAUCAAAUGGGAUUUUUAUUUUAUAACUUGAAAAAAAUCUUACUGUUAAACUCUUUAAAUGUUUAAGGGGAAAUGGCUUUAAGGAGUUCGAAUGAAAAAUGCCAGUUUUUUUGUAAAUAUAAAUGUUAUGAAAAUUCUUUUACUAAUGCCAUUACACAGUAGAGAAGGUAGCAAGUUGCAGUGCUUGGGAGGUGUGGCAAACCCAAUUUGUGGUUCUCGCAUCACAUAACGUUUCUUCACAUGCUUACGAUAAUGGGCUGAAGCUCAAGUGCAUUUGCCAAAAGCAGUCAGCUUGUCAGCGACUAGUGAAAUUAAUGGGAACACAUGAUUUUAUGAUCUAGCGUUAUCACACGGACAUACUCCACUUACAAGAAAUCACAUUUCAUUGACAUUCCUUUGAACCUCUGCAUAGAAGUCAUCAAACUGUUUACACACAGAACAAAAGAAUUUAAAACUUCCUUUUUUUACAUUUAUGAAGCAAAAGUGCAGCGUUUGGGUUCAUAUGUUUAGCACAUGAUUUUCAUAAAGAAUCUAUAUAUUUUUGCCCUACAGAGAAUUGUUAUACAGGUCAAAUGUGUUUUCCUGAUGUUCCUAUGCAGUUA